AUAUGAUCCAUAGCUAGAUUCCGAAUUGAAUAAAUUUAAAAAAUUAGAUGGCUUCACUGAUUAAAUUAAAAUUUAGAAUGAAAUUGUAAACUCUAAAACAAUUCGGAAUUAUAUAUAUAUGGUGUCCAAGCGAUGGUCGAUGAACCAAUGGAAACACUGCUGCGUCAUGAGCCCAAACAACUCCGACCAGUCAACGGCAUAUAAACCCGGAGUUAGCUCAGCCGCCUUCUUCCGCGAGGCUGAGCCACCGGAGCGCUCUCCUCCCGUGUGUCAUCCGAGACCUCAAUGGACUCCGCUGUCGUCGUCGCCGACGAGCGGGCUCCGCUCCUCCCCACCUACGCCGCCGCCGCCGCCGCCGCCGACGACGACGAGAUCCGGCCCUGGCAGUCCGACCACCAUUCGCCGCCGCCGCGGGCCGAUGACGCUGCGCCGAAUCCCCCAAAAAUCCCCGAACCGAGCCAACGCGUGGCGUCUCUCGACGUGUUCCGUGGCCUCACCGUCGCGCUGAUGAUUCUCGUGGAUGAUGCUGGAGGGGCGUUCCCGUCGAUAAAUCAUGCGCCUUGGUUCGGGGUUACUCUCGCGGACUUCGUGAUGCCCUUCUUCCUCUUCAUCGUCGGGGUAUCGGUGGCGCUGGUCUUUAAGAAAACUUCAAACAAGGUGACAGCUACAAAAAAGGCUGUCAUAAGGGCAUUGAAGCUUUUUCUUUUGGGGUUGCUGCUGCAAGGUGGAUACUUUCAUGGUCGUCAUCAUUUGACUUAUGGGGUUGACAUAGAUCAUAUACGAUGGCUAGGAAUAUUACAGAGGAUAUCCAUUGGAUACUUUUUAGCAGCAAUGUCAGAGAUCUGGCUCAUUAGCAAUAUGUUGGUGGGUUCUCCAGUAUCUUACGUGAAGAAAUACUAUUUCGAAUGGAUUGUUGCCAUCAUACUUGCUGUGGUCUAUGUUGGUUUGCUUUUCGGUCUGUAUGUGGCCAACUGGGAGUUUGCAGUUCCAAGCAGUAAUUCCACUUUACUAAGUCCAACUUAUGGAGUUCAAAUUGAAAAUGUGCAUUGUGGAGUGAGGGGUAGUCUUGGUCCUCCUUGCAAUGCUGUGGGCUUGAUAGAUCGACUUCUUCUUGGUGAAAAACACUUGUAUCAGAAUCCAGUCUAUAAAAGGACAAAGGAGUGCAGUGUUAAUUCUCCUGAUUAUGGGCCGCUUCCACCAAAUUCACCUGGAUGGUGCCUUGCUCCAUUUGACCCUGAGGGUUUAUUAAGUUCACUGAUGGCCGCUGUGACAUGUUUUGCUGGAUUACAUUUUGGGCACAUAAUCGUGCAUUUUAAGGGUCAUGCUCAGAGAAUGUUGUUCUGGUCCAUGACUUCUUUGGUCCUUCUGCUCUGUGGAUUUAUGGUGGAGUUAGUAGGUAUGCCUUUUAGCAAGCCAUUAUACACAUUGAGCUACAUGUUUCUUACUACAGGAGUGUCUGGCUUUCUACUAACUCUGAUAUACUACAUGAUUGAUGUCAAGCAGUUUAGAAGGCCAUUUCUGUUACUUCAGUGGAUGGGCAUGAAUGCCUUAAUUGUUUAUGUUAUGGCUGCUUCUGAGCUGUUUCCAGCAGCUAUACAAGGAUUCUAUUGGCGCUCGCCUGAAAACAACCUGGUGGAUUUGACCGAAUCAUUGUUUCAAACUAUAUGCCAUUCCAAAAGGUGGGGCACUCUGGCGUUUGUGCUUUUGGAGAUUCUUUUCUGGUGUCUCGUUGCUGGCUUCUUACAUAUGAAAGGCAAUUAUGUAAAAAUGUAGCUUAUAAGGAUCAUGGAUAUAUUGCACAAGCUCAUCUGUAAUUAGCAUUCAUCUAGUUCGUAAGCCCCAAAUGAUGUUUGCUGAAACAUUGAUGUCAGAUUGGAAGCCUUCAACUGACCUUUUGGUUCAGCAUAUGUCAAUUGAAAUGCAUCUUGUGAUUGUUUUUACAAAGUUUUGCACUCUACAUUCUUGUAGGUAUCCAUGGCAUCUUAAUGUAUCCAUGCAUCUUAGCAACUUAUCAGCGGAUUUUACUGCAUCACCGA